AUGUUAAAAAUUUUAAUAGCAAUUUUAGUGGUGAUCUCAUUGUUUUCAAAUGUAAAUGCAAUAGAUAUAGGAGAUUAUCAAAAUGAAGCCCAGUGUGCCAUAGGUUGUGUUAAAAAUGCACCAAAUUAUUCAUAUGAAUGUGCAAACUGGAGUUUCCCAUCAUGUAGAGAUUUAUUAAAAAAAUGUGCAAUAGAAUGCGCAGAAGCUUAUGAAAAUGCCAGAUAA